GAGGAGCGAUUGGAUUGGGGGUGGGUAAGGGGAGUGGGAACACCAUUCCAUAUCAUUUAUCUAUCUGUAUCUGUAUCUGCUUCUCUUUGCUUAACAUUUCUCACUCACAACACAAAAUCAUCUAAUCUAUCUAUCUAUCUAUCUCAUUCAUGUGUCUAAUUCUACCUUACUUGUGUUUGUAACGCUAUUACUCAUUACUGUGUAAAUGGCAUAUGUUGAUGUUAUUCGAUUACAAUUUCAGUCCUCUUUCUUCUCCCCCUCACCACUCUCUGCUAAGAGGCUAUUCUCUCCUCUCGCCUAUUCUUCUGCCCCAGCGCCACCUGCUACUCUUGCUUUCGCGCCCAGAAAGCAAUUGCUUUCUUUUAAGGUAUGUGCAACUGUUGCUGAAACUGGUCAGCCAAAAUGGUGGGAAAAGAAUGCACCAAAUAUGAUUGACAUUCACUCCACGCAAGAAUUUCUGAGUGCUUUGAGUCAAGCUGGAGAUAGACUAGUUAUUGUUGAAUUUUAUGGAACUUGGUGUGCUUCUUGCCGAGCAUUAUUCCCCAAGCUAUGCAGAACAGCUGAAGAACACCCUGAAAUUCUUUUCCUCAAAGUAAAUUUUGAUGAGAAUAAGCCAAUGUGUAAAAGGUUGAAUGUUAAAGUACUUCCUUACUUCCACUUUUAUCGUGGGGCUGAGGGGCAGCUUGAAUCAUUUUCAUGUUCACUUGCCAAGUUUCAAAAAAUAAAGGAUGCCAUGGAGAUACAUAACACAGCUCGAUGCAGCAUUGGUCCACCUGUGAGCAUUGGCGAUCUGCUUGCUGAACCUUCCUCUGUUGCCAAGGAUAGACCAGCAGAAUCUGUGUAACCGUAGUACUUCUGUUCACGCUUUUGUAUUAUAAGCUGUCUCAUAAAGGGAAACCCCAAAGAAGGCUGUACUCUAGAGAAACUUAUGAUGUGAAGGAUAUAUGUACUCUGUAUAUUUACUGUUUUUUUUCGUAUUAGAAGAAUACCGAGCAGAAUUGUUUGUUCUUUUUCAUUCUUGACCAUUCAUUUGCUGAUUGUAAUCAAGUACUUGAAAACUUCGGUGAAAUGAAAUGUUACUAAUUAUGGCUUAA